AUGUCGACUUCCAAGCUCAAGCCCUACGCCGGUAAAGCAAGGAAGCUGUACGCCUGCAUCGACAUCGGGACCACGUACAGCGGUAUAUCAUACUGCAUUGCUGAGCCUGGAGUCGCGCCCGAAAUCAUGGGCGUCACUCGGUUUCCCGGUCAAGAGCUUGUCGGAGGCAAUGCCAAGAUACCCAGUGUUCUGUUUUACGACGAGGACGGCAUUGUACAAGCCGCUGGAGCGGAGACACUGCUGGACGAGAUGAGCGAAAAUGUUAUGAUCGGCGAAUGGACGAAGGCUGAAUGGUUCAAACUGCACUUGGCGCCCAAGUACGAUGGGUCCCCGGCGGAGGUUCACAAAUUACCACCCCUCCCGCUGGGGAAGAGCGUACACGACGUCUUCACGGACUUCCUCAAGCACCUACAUGCCUGUCUACAAUCCUUCAUUCAGGAUGGUAAUCCUGCCGGCGUCGCCUUGUGGGCGCAGCUUGCGCAGACCGCGGAGUAUACACUAACACACCCAAAUGCUUGGGGUGGGCCUCAGCAGCAGGCUAUGCGGCAGAUGGCGGUCGACGCGGGACUAGUCAAGGACGCCGCCGAAGCGCGCAAACGUGUACACUUCGUUACUGAGGGCGAGGCGGGCUUACACUUUUGCGGUCACCACGGUCUAGCGACGGAGUCUAUGCAAGACGGCAAUGGGCUCAUACUGCUUGAUGCUGGUGGUGGGACAGUCGAUUUGAGCGCUUACGCGGCCAAUGGCAAGGACUCCGGAGGCACAUUCUCAGAGGUAGCGGCGUCCAAGUGUAUCUUCCAAGGAUCUACCUUCGUCACGAGUCGCGCAAGGGAAUACUUCGAAUCGACCUUCAAAGGCAGCAAAUGGGAAGCCGACGUGGACCAUAUGACAAACACGUUCGACAAGCACACGAAACUUACGAUCAAGAACGACACGGAUACCGCCAGCGUCAAGUUCGGCAGCGCUUCUGCGACGGACCCGAAGCUCAAGGUGCGCCUUGGGACGCACAAGAUUACGGGCGCAACCGCCGCGGGCUUCUUCAAGCCUUCUGUGGAUGCCAUCUACAACGCUAUUUUGGAGCAGAUGGCAGUGGUUCAAGGGCGUGGUAAAAGGGUGACGUCGGUCUACAUCGUCGGAGGAUUUGGCGCGUCUCCGCUCCUCUUCGCUAAGCUCAAGGAGCUCUUAGGAAAGCUCGAGAUCGACGUAUGCCGACCUGAUACUCACGUAAACAAGGCCGUGGCGGAUGGCGGCGUUCUUUUCCUCCUGAAGGGGAGUGUGACAACCCGCGUAUCUCGCUAUACGUAUGGCGUCGAUUGCUGCAUUCCAUAUUGCCCGGACCUGGGCGAACAUCGCCGGCGCAAAAAUUCCUCCUACAUAUGCGAAUUAUCGGGAGAAGAAUAUCUUCCCGAUGCCUUCGCUUGUGUACUACCUGUGAACACCCAAGUAACGCAGGAGCAAGAGUUCAGGUACACGCUGUACAGGGACUUCAGAGAACCACCCACGCAUAUUCGAGGUGCCACGCUACGGAUAUACAGGGGAACGGGAAGCAUUCCUGACUGGGUGGACGUCGACGAGGAGAAAUUCGCAGAUCUCUGCUACAUCGAAGGGGAUGAUCAUACGACACCGCGAGCGACGCAGGAACAAGGUCCUGACGGACAAACAUAUUGGACUCUGGAGUUCGAUGUCGUAUUGCUGUUCGGCCUCACCGAACUUCAAGCUCAACUAGCGUGGCCUGACGAGAACGGAAAAGAGAAAAGGUAA